AUGGAUACCACCCUCCCGAGUAACAAGCCACGCAAUAGCGUCCUCUACAUGUUUGACCCUCUCAAGACGCCGUCUACGCCACGCAGGGACUCGCCUGAGUCGCCUGAGGCUGGGAGCUCCGACAAGGAGAACGACGCGCCGGGGGAUCUGACUGCUUUCUUCACUCGCGCCGCGCACUACCAGAAACAUGUGGCACCGAAGACACCCAAGGGCAAGCUCAUUGACUUUGACACGACCGUCGUGCUCGACGCGUCUGGUUCAGAAUCUGAUAGCGACGCCGAAAGCGACUCGGAGGAAGAUAAUGUACAAAUGUUCCAGCUGGGAGACUUCCCUUCAGACGACGCGCGUGAACCCGCGUCCUUGAAGAGAGCACCG